AAUUUGCUUUGCUAAUUUGCAGUUAUUUACACCAUAGUGUAGUGCAAUAAAUAGUUAGAUUUUUGUGAAUUAAUUAAUACUUAUCAGUAGGUACGAUGUAAACUCAAAAGAUAUAUUAUAUCAACCUUUGGACUUUAGUUUGUCGGCAUAAAAUAAUGUUUAACAUAGGUUACGGUGCGCCUCUUCUGUUUCUCUUGCUUUCAGUCAUUGUGUCGUAUUAUUUUAUGAUGAGUCCAUCAGCAGAUGAAAUGGCAAACAAUGGUCUAUUAUUCAUUUCAAAAGCUACCAAAGCUCAUUUGGUCUGUGAAAGGGCUUCAAAAUUUGUGAAAAGAGUUUUGUAUGUGAAAAUUAAAGACAACUCCGAGAAUACACUGCCAGUGCUCAGCAAACAGAUUGAAAAUGUUUAUUCUAAGGCAUCUGCACAAUAUGGACAUUUGGACAUAAGACUGAUGUUGAAGCCGAGUGGUACAAUCAAGGAUAUAAAAACAAAUUACCCAAUAGACAUGAUAUUGUAUGACAGUGAGUUAGACAGGGAUAUUGAUCAGCUCAAGAGUUAUAUAGCUACUGUGAACACUGGCUGCAAAUUACAAAGUGUUGACUGCCAAGACUUAAGCCCCGAUAAUAUGCUAGAGAAGAUACAGACUUAUGAGAAUGUAGCUCUAGGUGGUACAUUUGAUCGCUUGCACAACGGACACAAGAUCUUGCUGUCCCAAGCAGCGUUGCGGGCCACCAAGCUUGUCACGGUGGGAGUCACUGAUGUUAAUAUGAUUCAGUCCAAAACUUUGCAUGAGCUAAUACAGCCAGUGGAAGUAAGAAUACGAGAGGUACUAAACUUCCUAAAUGAUAUCAACCCAGAUUUGGAGUACAAUGUAUUUCCCUUGAAAGAUCUAUAUGGACCAACUAAGGAUGAUCCUAAGUACCAGUUGAUAGUUGUGAGUGAAGAAACAUUAAGAGGGGCGACUAAAAUCAACGAAAAGCGAGUGGAGAAUGGCCUACAGCCUAUGGACGUGCACGUCAUAGGUCUGGCACAAGAUGUUCACGCUCAGUCGUCCCAGGAGGAAGAGAACAAGAUCAGCUCUAGCAACCAGAGGAUAAGGCUACUUGGCACAUUUUUGCGGCAACCUGAACAUAACCCUAACAUCCCUGAUUGGCCAUAUGUCAUUGGAUUGGCGGGAGGUAUUGGCAGCGGAAAGAGUAGUGUUGCAGAAAAGUUAAAGGCGAAAGGUGCGGCGUUUAUAAACUGCGACUUAAUCGCUCACGAGCUGUACAAGCCGGGUCUGCCGCUCAACCGCACUAUCUCCGAGAACUUUGGACAAGAAGUUAUUACUGACGCCGGCGAAGUCGACAGAAAGAAGUUGGGACAAAUCGUCUUUAGCGACAAAGAGCAACUAAACAAGUUGAACCAGUUAGUAUGGCCGGCGGUGAUAGAGGAGGCUCAGCGUCGUGUCCGCGCGCUAGGCGAGCUCGGCCAUCGCGUCGUGGUGAUGGAGGCCGCGGUCAUGGUCAGAGCCGAGUGGUACAAGUACUGCCAUCAGCUGUGGGCCGUUAUAGUGCCGAGGGAUGAGGCAAUAAAAAGGAUUCAAGCCCGCGACAACCUUUCAGCCGAAGACGCCGCCAAAAGGGUAGACUCACAAGUAACAAACGAAGAUCAAGUAGCUCACGCGAAUGUCGUGUUCAGUCCACAAUGGAGCUACCAACACACGCAAGGACAAGUCGACCGCGCUUGGAAGCUUCUAGAACAACUCCUCGCCAGUAGGAAGUAGAACAUUCGAGACUGAGGCUUGUACUCGUAUGUAUAUUAUGAACUAAACGUAACUUUGCUUAUAAUGUACAUUGUUGAUUUAAGGUAUAAAUACACCAAAGUGUUAUGCUGUUCUGUUGAAUUUGAAAAGUAAGAUCCAACACUAAUAUGGUCCUACAUAAUGAUAUAAAUAAAACAAUA